GGAAGUCCCGCCCCCUCUCCUCAGCGGCGGCGGCCAUGGCGGGCGAGAGCGGUGGCGAGGCGAUGGACUACUCGGUGCACGAGGCCUGGAACGAGGCCACCAACGUCUACCUGCUGGCGGUGCUGGCCAGCCUGGCCCUCCUCGUCUACGCGCGCCGAAAUAAAAGGAAGAUCAUGCGAAUUUUUACGUUACCCCCAACUGCAGAGAUGCCAUCUGAGCCAAACUUUUAUGAUAGUGUGAAAAAAAUCCGUCUCCGACAACAAUUAGAGAUGUACUCUAUUGCAAGAAAAUAUGACCAGCAACAGCAGCCACAGAAGCAGUCGGACAGCGUACAGCUUUUGGUGGAAUGAAGUCUUGCACCUGGAAUCAAGAAAUGGAGCCGGGCAGGUGAUAGGGCAGUUGGGAUUGGAUCGUUUUCCUUGCCACUUUAAUAGGAUGUAGUUUCUCUUUAAAAAACAUCUAUACACCGUUUUUGAUAGUGGUCCUGCAUAAAUGUGCAUAGAAUGAAGCCUCAGACAAGAAAGUCUAAUUCAUCUUCCUCCUCCUGUUUGUAUUACUGUAUUUCCAACAAAACCAGAAAUGUGCAGGAACCUUAAGAUUUUGUUAUGGGCUUCAGAACUUGUUUCAAGUGGCAUUAUCUUAAUCAGAGGGUUGGGAAUGAUUUAUGGUACCCUGUAAGUAUCAUAAAUGUUGUUAAUAAAUGGUCUGUCAUGGAUGGUGGACAGAAGAAGUUUACAAUAAACACAAUGUCUUGUA